AUGUGUAUGUGCCGUUGCAUAAGGAAAUUUGUAUGCUUCUUGUGCUUACUAAUCAGUUGCAAUUUCAAUUUAAUUUGUCCAAACGCGAAAUCAAACUUUGUGACAGCAAAUCCCCUUCACACUGUCCCUCAACAAUCAGUUGUUAGUGAUACUAAAUCUCAUGCUUUAUAUCUGACAAUCCACUUGAAUUCCAACGCAUCGCGAGAAUGUUUGGGAUCCGUUGGAAAAAUCGAGAAAUAUAUAAGUCAGAUUUGUCCGCGUAACAUGUGUGAAAAAUAUAAUGAGAUUCUAUACGGUGUUGGUUUCGGAAUCGACUAUUUCAGAAAGAUCAGUCCUCGUUUCCGUUUCAGGGGCAUCAAAAACUAUGAAUAUCGUGAAAGAUCUGGAAAGUAUGGUGAACUACCUAAAACUGGUGGUGAUAUAUUUGUUCAUGCAAAAUGUAAUGAUCAUGGCAUGUUGUUUGAUCUGGCAAAAUCCAUCAUUCAAAAUAUGCCGCGUGGAUGUGUGGAUAAAUUUGAAGAUAUUUACGGUUGGACUUAUCGCGAUGGGCGUGAUUUGAGUGAAUUCGUUGAUGGCACGGAGAACCCUAAGUGUUUGGAUGAACGAGCAGAGAUGGCGAUCAACAAACGAACAGGUGGAAGUUACGCCGUUGUUCAGAAGUGGGUUCACAAUAUGAGCUUGCUCCAGGAGACAGCUGAUGAGACAAAAGAAAAAUGGAUUGGUCGAACUCUGAAAGACAGCUUGGAGUUGAUAAGAAAACCGAAUACAUCACAUGUUGCCAGAAUGGUUGGAUCUGACAAGUUUGAAGCUAGUAAGAAAUAUAAGAUUGUUCGACAAUCUCAACCAUUUGGAACUUUAUCUGGAGGUGCUGGUCUCUUAUUCAUAGCAUACGCAGCAGAUACAAAGAAUUUCGAUUUCAUGCUGGAUCGAAUGACUGGUGAUAGUGAUGACAAGAUAAAUGAUUAUAUAAUGAUAUUUAGUCAAUGUGUUACAGGAAACUAUUGGUACUUUCCUGGUCUGCUUGAGUUUAAUCUUCUAGUCCGUAAUCUACCAAGUGGAAGUUUGUUGUAA